AUGCUAAUGGCUGAAUACUGCCCGCGUGGCGAAGUUCAGAAAAUGGAGCAAGAGCUAUGGAAUUUCACUGUCCGAAACUCCGACAUCGAUGCCUACAUAACGAGUGCCAAGAGGUUGGCCAAGAAGUUAUACGACCACAACACCAAAAAGGGCAAGAAGUCAGGGGAAACUGAAAACAAGAAGGAGAGUGACAACAGGAAAGGAAAGAAUAACAAGAGGAAGGGACGACAAGGCUCAGAGUCGUCAAAGAAACAACAAACAGUGACAGUUAAUGCUGCAACCACCCAAGUUCCCUCCACACCACAUGCUCCAGCCUCAUCCACUCCAAGUGCCCCUAAGCAAUAUUCCGGAAAUCUCCCAAAAUGCAACAAGUGCAAUCUCUAUCACAAUGGUGAAUGCAGGGAGAUGCAAUGUACCAGUUGCAACGAAAGGGUCACACGGCAAAAUACUGCAGGACCUAUCCUCCCCAGAAUCAGCAGCAGGGAAACAACAACAACAACAACCGCAACUACAACAACAACAACAACAACAACAACACCAACAACAACGGCAACAACACUGGGGCUAGCCACACCUGUUAUGGAUGUGGAAGGACUGGGCAUUUCCGUCGAAACUGCCCCAAUGUCAACAACCAAGGGAAUGGAGGAGCAGGGAGAGUGCUGA